AUGCACGAAGCCCUCCGAUGCCUUGUCGGAAUCGCACAGCGAGAAGCAUUCCGAGAAGAGUUCGCUUCGUUAGCCACAUCCGGACAGGUCAAGCCAUCAUCGAAACUCAAGUCCCUCAGACCAUUUGUUGACGAGGGUGUCCUGCGAGUCGGUGGCCGGCUCCGCAACGCUGCGGUCCCUGAGGACCAGAAACAUCCAUUCGUUUUGCCAUCCAAACACCCAUUCACCGAACUGGUCGCUCGGUAUUACCACCAGAAACUGCUGCAUGCGGGACCCCAGCUGCUCAUCUCAAGUCUCCGGGAGAAAUUCUGGCCGUUACGCGCCCGAAACCUGGCGAGACGAAUUGUACAUUCGUGCAUUAACUGUUUCCGUUGCCGCCCUCGUGCUACGGAACAAGUCAUGGGAGACCUUCCCGCCGAACGUGUCUCUCCAACGCUGCCGUUCUUGUGCACCGGCGUAGAUCUUUGUGGUCCUGUGUACUACCGACUUCCCGACCGCAAAUCCAAACCAGUGAAGGCAUACGUAGCACUUUUUGUGUGCCUUUCGAUAAAAGCAGUGCACAUAGAACUGGUCGGAGACCUUUCUACGAACUCGUUCCUCGCUGCCCUCCGCCGCUUUGUGGCCCGGCGAGGAAAACCCAAGCUCAUCGAGUGCGACAACGCACAAAACUUUCGGGGUGCGGUCCGGGAAUUGUCCGAAUUGUCGAAACAGUUCCGAAGUCAACAGAUGCAGAACACCGUUACUCGCUCCUGUGCCGAAGACGGCAUAGAAUUCAAAUUCAUUCCCCCUCGCUCUCCGAAUUUCGGGGGUCUGUGGGAGGCCGGGAUCAAAUCGAUGAAGACCCACCUCAAGGCAACCCUCGGAAACACCAUUCUAACGGCCGAACAACUCACCACGCUUCUGGCCCAGAUCGAGAGUUCCAUUGCGGAACCUUCGUUGGAAGAUGUACCUCCAAACCGACUCGACAAGUGGCAGGAAGUUCAAGAGUUCCUUCGCCGGCUCUGGAAGCGCUGGACCUCGGAAUAUCUGUCCGGGUUACAGCCAAGAACCAAAUGGACCCGCGAGAAGGACAACAUCGUCAUCGGAACUCUGGUUCUGGUGAAAGACGACGGACUACCACCCCUCAAAUGGCGCUACGGCAGGGUGACCCACAUCUUCAGGGGAGAUGACGGAAACAUCCGCGUCGUCGUAGUGAAGACCAAGGACGGAGAGUACCGGCGCGCAAUUUCAAAAAUCUGCGUGCUGCCGAUUGACCAGCCAUCACCGCUCGUAGACCGAAUUUUUGUCUCCCACCAUGACCGGCCGACGGACGAGUGCCACAAUCCGUGUGCACUAGGCGCUACGACCUCCAAACCCCGACGCUGGCGAUUCGAUGGACGACGACGUGAAGGAAGGAUGAGCAACCCGCUCGAAGGAUCGUUGACCCGAAGCCAGCAGCAGAUCAAAGAAGGUCGAUAA